AUGGGCUCUGUGUCAAACCAGCAGUUUGCAGGUGGCUGCGCCAAGGCGCCGGAGGAGGCGCCGGAGGACGCCGCCCGGGCAGCCGAGGAGCCGCAGCUGCUGCACGGUGCCGGCAUCUGUAAGUGGUUCAACGUGCGCAUGGGGUUUGGCUUCCUGUCCAUGACUGCCCGCGCCGGGGUCGCGCUUGACCCCCCGGUGGAUGUCUUUGUGCACCAGAGCAAGCUGCACAUGGAGGGCUUCCGGAGCCUGAAGGAGGGUGAGGCAGUGGAGUUCACCUUUAAGAAGUCAGCUAAGGGCUUGGAAUCUAUCCGGGUCACUGGCCCUGGUGGGGUGUUCUGUAUCGGGAGCGAGAGGCGGCCCAAAGGGAAGAACAUGCAGAAGCGCAGAUCAAAGGGAGACAGGUGCUACAACUGUGGAGGUCUAGACCACCAUGCCAAGGAAUGCAAGCUGCCACCCCAGCCUAAGAAGUGCCACUUCUGUCAGAGCAUCAGCCAUAUGGUGGCCUCGUGUCCACUGAAAGCCCAGCAGGCCCCCAGCUCCCAGGGAAAGCCAGCCUACUUUCGGGAGGAGGAGGAAGAAGAGAUCCACAGCCCUGCCCUGCUCCCAGAGGCCCAGAAUUGA